UCAGCGCCUGGCAUGUCUGAGGAGGAGUGAAGAGCUCACACGGCUGGGAGAAAUAUGGACCCACGGCAGACCUGGAGCUGGGACUAGACAUGUAGCUGCAAGGAUGCCAGCCGACUUCGUCUCCCGCUUGCUCCUCUUCGCCUCGAUCUGCGCGGUUUGGGAGGCUCUGCUGGCCAAAUCUCUUCCAGAUCAGGGAGCAGUUGAGGUGCAAAUAAAAGUCCAGGUGUUCGACAACAGCGACCUAUCUCCGUUGGCGGACGCUCAAGUGGAAGUCCACGGAAAUCAGACCGUCUUGGCGUCCAGCAAGGCGGGCAGAGAUGGCGUCCUGAGGGUCAGCUUCCCUUACCGCACAGGAACAUGGGUGAUCAUCACAGCCUCCAAACAAGACUACGUCACCAACUCUGUGCCCUGGCACUCCAGCCGGAUCCCCCUGUACGCAUCAGUCAGCCUGUACCUCCUGGUUCAGAGACCAGGAACUCUUAUUCUGUAUGAUGAUGUCCUGCAAGUGCUGUCUGGGUCACCAGGAGCUCGUAAUCAGCCGCUGGUGCAGCUCCAGAGGAAAUCCCUUCUGCUGCCGCCAAACUCCAACUACACGGCACUAUCGGCUGCUCUGACCACAGCGAGGACGCAGUAUGAGAUCGGAGGUUUCCCAUUCUUGUUGGGUCAAGAGACCAAUAGCUCAGGUGCAGAGACAGGAUGGACAGACUUGACAGCUCUGGCCGUAGUCAGCAUCCAGCUCUAUGACAAAGAUGGUGGUCCGAUCCAGGUCUCAGAUCCAAUCCACGUCUCUGUGCCGCUGCCGUCAGACACUCGCAACAGGAUGGCCACGAGCGUCCCCGCUUGGCUGUAUCAGCCUCGGACGGGACUUUGGGUCAGGAACGGGACGGGGUACAUCAAAAAGGACGGCCAGCAGUUUGUCUGGAACGUGGUCGUUCCUCAGAUGGGAUACUGGUUAGCUGCCUUCCCUUCAUCUUCAGGCUCAGACUGUGAUUCAAGAUGCCAGAUAUUUAAAGGAUUGGGUCUGUCUCAUCCAGGCUUGAGGGACAUCACCACCUACCACACCUUGUUCCUGCUCGCCAUCCUGGGCUCACUAGCUCUGCUGGUGCUGAUUCUGCUCUGUGUGCUGCUCUACUACUGCAGGCGAAAAUGUUUGAAACCUCGUCGACAACAAGGGAAACCCCAUACAGCCAAUCUAAAUGGUGCAAAGAGAGAUCAGGGUACUUCUACUUCUCGCCUCAAUCUGAUUUGUGGAGGCCAUGUGGAGUCUGCUGCAUCCAAUGAAAAAUCCGAAAGGUCCCCGUCUCGAGACUACCACAGCUCAAAGGAGGACUUAACUAAACACGUUCCAGCUCACAUGCUGCGACACGCAAAGGGAAAGAAUAAUUCAGGAUCCCAACGGGGUGAAAGCUUCGCCAUGAAGGUGACACGAGCCACUGAGACAAACAACCUGGACAACCCUCUUCUACAUGAAGACUACAAUCGGAGCUACAGCCCAAUGGAGGGGAAAGAGUCCGAAUACCAUCGACAUCACAAUGCCAAUGACAAUCGAGGGUACUCUUCUGACCCCCCAUCCCCACCUCGCUUCCAAGGAUACGUGCCAAACCAAUCAGACAAACCUCCUGAGUACUCAGCAGCAGCUGCAGACAGCCUCGCCAGACCAACAUCCUUGAACACCCAACCCGGUCAGAUCAUCUUCUGCAGCUCCAUCGACCAGAUGAAGGAGAAUAUGUAUCGCAGCAUGGUGCCAACGCUAGUCAUCCCAGCUCAUUAUAUGCGUCUACCCUCUGAGUUUUCUGGUAAAGAUGGCAAAGACCAGAAAGAUCAAGACAAAGAUGGAGCACAGAUGGGAGGAGGCCAGCAGCACCAUCACCACCACUCCCAGAAAGGACAACAGCAGCAGGGAGGAUCCCAAGGUGACGACUCUGAGGAGCCAAGUUGGGCGUCCGACUCCUCCGGUGGGCCUGUGACCAUCCCAGUACUCUUCAACGACUCCACCAUGGCUCAGAUGAAUGGCGAACUGCAGGCUCUGACUGAGAAGAAGCUACUGGAGCUGGGAGUAAAGCAGCACCCUAGAGCAUGGUUCAUCUCCUUGGAUGGACGCGCCAAUGCCCAUGUUCGCCACUCCUACAUAGAUGUUGCAAAUGACCUGAGUGGUGGUGGAGGCGGUGGAUUCUUGAGUGGUACAAGCAGCUCUGCCCGAGAUAUCAACCUUGAACCCCCACUGGAGUCCCAAGAGCGCAAGGCAGGAGUCAACCGGAAGGGCAAAGAUGACCGCUGGGGGACAGGAGGGCGGAAGGGCCACGGGGUGAGCAGCAGCGGAGGGAAGACAUACUCCAAACUGGCCUACCCUGACCACAGCGAUCCCAGCAGCAGUGAGGGACGCCCUGUCUCCCCUGAAGAGAACUCCCUCACCCCACUCCUCGAUGAAGGCCCAUCUUCCCGAGGGUCCACCAUCCCCAGGAGAGGGCGCAGUCGCGUGAAUAGCAGCCGCAGCAGCAACAGCGAGAACCGCCGUGAUUCCAUGACCAGUCCUGAGGACGAUCCCGAUGACAAAGACGAGAACAAGAAGAGUCCAUGGCAGAAGAUAGAGGACAGGCCUCUCAUGGUCUUCCACCCCAGGAAGUGAGGUGUUUGAACACUGGACUUUUUAACGAUCUUUUCAAAAGGGGAAUCUGAGAGAUGUUUUCACUGAGAGAUCUCACAAUAAGCACAAUCAUGCUCCACUGGUUCAUUGUCAGGUUGUUCUUUGACCUUUGUGUUUCUGGUGAGGUGCUUUUGCACUUUUGUAGUCUCACUGUCAGUGAAUCUCACUGGUUUCCACUGAGAAGAUCUAUGGUAUCCUGAAACCUAUCCAGUUUGUUGUGAACCAUGUCACCUAUCACAUCACCGAUCCAUUGUCUGAGCCAUUGCAUCUACUGACUGUGGAAAUAGCCAUUUUAUAGAGCAAAAUAUAUGAAGAAAGCACUUACUAAUUCUUUGAUAAUUGUUCAUUGAUACUUGAUUGCAAAGUAUUUGGAAGUAGAUGGAGUUUUUAUGGCACUGAUAGGUACUUAGGUGAAUUAGAUUCCUUUCCUCUGACUCCCAAGGUUCAUAUCAGUGGUGGAAGAUAUGCACCUGUUUAUCCUUAAAUGUUCCUGUUCCCUUGACUAUAUAUAGAGUAAGUUUUCUUAAAGGGAAACAUGUUCCCAGAACUUGAAUAUGUAGAGAACAUAUCUAUUGUUUGACUUUUCUUGAGCCCCUGGGAAUGGAUAAUGCAAUCUAUUGGUCCAAUGUGCGACUUGCAUUUUGCUCCUUCAGGGAUGUACUUGAGUUCCUCUUCUUCCUGUACUAUGUUCAUGUGUUUGAAUUAAUCCAGCUGGCUACACACUAGGUGAUUCUGAAGCAAUUUAAAAAACAUGGGCCAUCACAGACCAGUGGUUCUUAACUGGUCUAGCAUCAGUAUCCACCACUGCCUCCUUGGUGACAAAUCACAACGCAUAUUUCUUACAUUUUUCAAUCAUAACUGAAUAGCUUUAAUAUAAAAUGGGGCUGUUUGGACUUUAAAUGGAGCAAAAGAUGUCCCAAAACAAAAUAUAGUGGCAUUCUUCAAAAUAAAAGCACAUCAUAGACUUUUUGCCACAUUUUUCCAGGCACACAUUCACAAACAACUAAAAAUGACUUUAUUAACCACUUUUGUGUUUCAGCCUAAGAGUUGAGAACCAAGGCACUAGAUGCUUUGGCCAGACUGUAAGACAAUACGUCUGCCAUUUGUAGUUACAAUUUUACAGUGGAGAUUCAAUGGACAGGAGCUCUCACAGAAACUUGUGAUCAAAUGUGACCCCAGGACAAAAAAAACCAAAACAAACAUAGCCAGCAAUUAGUGUCAUUUACUGGCUGUCCUGUCCUGAUUUUGUAUGCAGGGACAAACAAGCAAAAUUGCUAAUACUCCUACCCCUUGUUUUUGAGUGCCCCCUUCCCCUUUGUGGUGGAAUCUUCCCUUACAAAAUGGGACGACCGCCAAGCUCCGAUGCAUCCAAGACAGCGGUCUGACAGUUGAGACGAUAAUACCAUACAUUUCUACUACAGUCAAACUAUUUAAAAGUCUUGUUUGAAAUCAAAAGGACCAAAAUGCAAUGAAACAAUAAUUAAUUAUAUGAGAUCUCAGUUUUAAUGUCUUGCAAAUGAUACACAAGGUUCUGGGAGAUUUCCCAUGACAUUAAGUUUGGAGUUUGCCUCUGGAAAAUCUUAUUUUGAAGGGUCAUGUAGCCCUUUUAUUUCACCCCACCCCGUCCUUCCUUCCAACAAGAAUCGGGACACCCUACCCCUCGACAUGAAUGUGCAAAAUACAGGGGUAGUGGUAGGGUGAAAGAGGGAUUGGGAUUGACACAUUAUAAGAGCCUCUGUCCACAGCUGCUAUUUUUUUGCACUGGCAGCACUCACAACCUUCAGAUCACUAGUUUAUAGAAGUUAACUUCUGCUUUCCUAACCAUAAGGUUAGCCCGAUAUGGUUAAUUUGUUCUUCAAUUGAGGAAAUAUCAUCAAGGAAACAUGAAAACAGUCCUGUAUUGACAUAGGCAGCAGCUGUAGACCUGGGAACUUUAUAUCAGUAUCUUUUGCCAUUAUUCCAAGUCCUCUUCUUGAUUUUGAUUUUGCCAGUGAAGGGGGAGAGAAAUGGGGCGAGCACGGUGCUGAUCCCAAAGCUGAACUAGGCCUUUAAACAUGGCAACACAAACAGCGGAUGCCAAGGCUAUUUUUUCAGCCUGGAUGUUGAUGGACUAGACUGGCUUUGUACCAAAAAUUAGCACUGCUAGUGCAAAAUGGGCAGCUCUGGUCAUAGGCCCUAAAACCCCUUGUGUUAUUGACGGGAAUUCCUUUUUCACAAUGCCACUUGGCUUGGGACACUGUUCACUGCCAUGAUUGUGAGCUGUAAAAUCAUGCAACGUCAAGUUGGUUACGCUUCCCUCUCAAUGGCUAUUGUUGAUAUAACUUUUAAAGCAGCCUGAUCGGCAAUAAUAUCAAACCUGUCUGAUAGUUAUGAUUUGAGACCAAGGAGGCUCUGUCUUGAUUGAGAGCAGGAAAGGACCAGACAUUUAAGGAUUAUUUGAACAAGUUACCAGUUGCAACUAGCCUCAAACGGGCAAAUAGGUUGGCCUAAAACCAUCUAGAAUGUAGCCAGCCUUAUUCAGAUUUGAAAUGUUGAGCAUCAUCAUCAUCAUCUACAAGUGUUUCUGCCAUCCUCUGUCUUGACUGAUCUACAUUUCUGCCAAAAUUUUUGCAUAUCUGCCUUUUUCUCCCAUUUUUGAAGCAAAGACUUGAACCUUUGCGCUUUCUUGAAGUGUAAAUAGAUUCCCAAACAUUUGAAAGACCAUUUGGUAACGAAAGAUUGCAUGCAUACACUAUGAAUGUAUGAAACAAACAGAAGGCCCCCCCACAGUUUCUCGGGAUCCUGCGUAGACAACCCCAAAUCGCCAAGACACGUUGAACCAUCACUUUACUUGAAGACUUACCUAUUUAAUAUCCGACUGAGAUCUACAGGGGUUGUUUGUAGGCAGGGCCGGUACCACUUCUCUCCUGUAAGUGCCUUCUUUCACAAAGGAUCGAGUGAUAGGCAUGCAGGUCCCUUUUUAAAAUGCAGUUAGUUGUCAUCUUAACUUAUCUGUCGAGAUCGGCGUCACCUUAACUUACCCGCUGAGAUCGGCACCACUAAUAAGCACACUGCAUUGUGGUAACAACAACGCCAACACGUCACUCUGGGGAGCAUGCCUGCCAAAACGUAUGACUUUUCUUGGCUUUUACGUCCUUGGAUAUCUUACUUUCUUGUAUCUAUCCUCUUUUUCACCAAACUUGUAAAUGGUAUGAUGAACUAUAUGAGAUUUUAUGUGUAUAACGAUGUGCAUGUAUCUUGUAGAAUAGGGUGUUUUUAAGGAAACCUUUUUUGAGCUGAUCCAGGAUGUUUGGCGUGAAAAAACAUGAUGCACUGACGCAUUGAAUUGUGUUGCCAAAUGAACUUGGUUACUUUGAAGAAACACUGACUUUUCCCUUAAUCCAGUUCUAACAAAAUCACUUCCGGUCGUAAAUGUUUACAACGAUAACAUACUGACCAACACGCUCCCGCUCUUUCUAGCAUCACCACUGCCUACGACGCAUCAACAACUGUGAAUUAAUCCAGUCAUCAUGCAGAUUCAGGAGCUCAAAUUCUUGUUUUUGGAAGACUGAAAAUCUUAAAGGCUGUAUAAAAGGUCAUGCUGAAUUGUUGGUCCGUUUCACCCAUUUGCUUGCUGUUCAUAUGCCUGUGUCGCCUACAGUACAGACUGGAAAUGUGAUUCAAAGUGAAGAGUAACAGUUCCUACUGAAAUGUCGAGUCCACUGCUGUAAAUGUACAUUUCUUUGGACCAGAUAUGAUAUUAUUACUAUGAGUUGUGCAAUCGUGGCUUUCCUUGCUUGUUUUUUUUUUCUUUUUACAUGAGAAAUGUUUUCUCUGUAGAUUUUGUGAACCUGUGUUUGGACAGAGAGGAUUCAGUCACGGCUGAUUUACACAGGCAGCGAAUCAUUCGUCCAUGUAAACGGCUCUGUCGGGUUUUUGAUGAGGAUUGGACUGUAGGCCUUCAUCCUGUGCAGUAGAUCAUUCGCUUCAUGAACCUGGUCAGUUGUUUGUAAACUGUAAAUCGAUUCUUUCUGUACAUGAGAAAAAAAUGGAAAUAAAUUUGUUCCCA